CCUUGUUCAAAAUAUUUUCAGUUGAGUCCAUCAUUCCUAGGAUUUAAUAGCGUUUCUAUCUACAGCUCAGCCAUGGCCAAGCCUGCUACCUCCCUCUUCCAGUCUCUCCGCCGUUACCUGAAGAAGCCAUGGGAAAUAACCGGACCGUGCUCCGAUCCUGAAUACAAAAGCGCUAUACCAUUGGCCACCGAGUACCGGGUCCCCUGCCCCGCCACCACUAAAGAGAAGCCCGCGGUUCCGACAUCCAACCCGGAGAACGUUUUCGACAUCAAGUACUACUCUCGUGAUCAGCGCAGGAACCGCCCCCCGAUUCGCAGAACCAUUCUGAAAAAGGCUGACGUGGAGAAAAUGAUGAAGGAGAAGACUUUUACAGUUGACGAUUUUCCUCCCGUUUAUUUGACCGCUACGGUCGAGGAGGAUUAUAAUGCUGUCGGUGGAGGCUAUCAGAAAUGAAAAAGGCUUGUGGGAUUGUGGCUAAAUUUGUGCACCGGUAUUCAUUUGUCUUUUUCGCUGUCUAUAAGAAGUGGAGGUUGUUUUAGCAUAGCAAUUUUCCAAGACUGCAGUUAAAGAGGAUGUGAUAUUUCAUGACAAUAAGGGUAGUUGCCUGCACAUACAUUAUGUAUUUUAAUUGUUAUGUGUUUGUAUAAAUUCCAAAUGCAACUUCAAUUGGUUGAUGAUGAAUUCACUUUAAACUUGUAAGAGUUUCUACCCAUCAUUAUUCAUUGGAACAUUUUCUUUGUCAA